AUCUUCUUCUCUUAGUUCACUCUUUGGCCACCAGUUGGAAGUCUUGCGUGCGUCCAUCUUGGGAACUCUUGUUUGAGCCGGUGCAGAUUUCACCAACUAAGUUUAGAAAAAUGGCAAAGGCUCUGUCUGGUUUAGCCGCGAAAGCUCCAGGAAUGAUUAAAGGUGUUGUUGAUUACUCAACUCCCAAGCUUAACACCUUCUGGCAUUAUGCUCGAGUUGAAUUAACCCCCCCUACCCCAGCCGAUAUUCCAAAAAUCACAACAGGCCUUCAAAGCCUUGUCAAGUCUGCCAAGACUGGCAAAUGGAAGCAAGUUACAGUGAAGGAAGCUUGGCUAAACACAUUGAUCACAGCGGAAAUUGCUUUCUGGUUUUUUGUUGGGGAGUGCAUUGGCAAGGGAAGCAUUGUUGGAUACAAAGUUUGAACAUGUUCUCACUCCAGUGCAGAUUUGGUUUGUAGAUAAAUUGCAGUAAGCAACCACCAAUAAAGAAUUUAAUCAACACCUUCA